UUGAGGAAGCGAAAAGAUGAGCUCGCUCACUUCUCCAAGCAAGAGGCAAAACGUUCUUGCCUCAAGCUGUUAUUUGUUUCCUCACAGUUUAUGAAUAAAAUUGUAUAGUUCAACCAAACUUUAAUCAUGAACUAUCUUAAUGCAAACCAUUAAUGCAAAAUGUACAGACUGUAACUGUUACUUUAAUACACAAUGAGCAGCAACUCAUACAAACAGGGCAUACAACAGGACUGCGUAUAUAUUUUGUCCACUCCGUAGGGUCAACAAUUACCAGAGUUUAGUUGGGGACCUUUUCUGCCUCUUCUUCAUUUUGGUAUUCUGAAUUUUUUUUUUUUGUUAGUCUUAAUACAUGUAUUCUUAACCUCCUUAGUGUCAUUUUCUCUGUCCUUAUGUUCAAUGAGCAGGGCCAAAUACAAGAAGGAAAACAAACGUAAGUGCCAACUCCUUUACUCGGGGAAGCCAAGUUAGCUAUUUAUAUCAGUCGAAGAGACACACUGCGCUCUGGGCCUGACUUGAACACUGUGGCCUUGUGGAAGUGUAACUUGAAGGCGAGGAUGACAAGACCACUGGGAACCUGACUACUUUUUUUGGACAUAGAGGAGUGUGAAGGAAUUCCAUGUAGAGUCCCCCACAAAAAGAAGAGCUGAAGAGCUUCAGUGCUCAGUACAAGAACCACAAUGUAGCUCGGUUUUCACUCUAUUGUUGUUGUUGCAGCCACGGCAAGAGUGUGCAGACCCUGAUGAGGUCACCCAGAGGACCAUGUCUUCUUAACCCCCACCGUCCCGUCUUUGGCACUGACUGAGCUACUCGAACGAAGAUGAUCAAAGUGGCGACAAGGUCAUCCGGAGCGCAGCCGCCGGACGCGGUGGACAUCAUCCGAAGCAAGAACACCCGCCGGGUGAGGCUCAAUGUCGGGGGCCUCCUCCACGAAGUCCUGUGGAGGACACUGGACCGCCUGCCCCGCACGAGACUUGGCAAGCUGCGGGAUUGCAACACCCACGACUCCAUCAUGGAGAUCUGCGACGACUACAGCUUGGACAGCAACGAAUACUUCUUCGACAGACAUCCCGGAGCCUUCACGUCCAUUUUGAACUUUUACCGCACGGGGAAGCUGCACAUGAUGGAGGAGAUGUGCGCCCUGUCGUUCAGCCAAGAGCUGGACUUCUGGGGCAUCGACGAGAUCUACCUGGAGUCCUGCUGCCAGGCCCGGUACCACCAAAAGAAAGAGCAGAUGAACGAGGAGCUCAAACGAGAGGCGGAGAACAUGAGAGAGCGGGAAGGCGAGGAGUUUACCACCACGUGCUGUUCGGAGAAGAGGAAGAAACUUUGGGACCUCCUGGAGAAGCCCAGCUCAUCCUUUGCUGCUAAGAUUCUGGCCAUUAUCUCCAUCCUCUUCAUUGUGCUGUCCACCAUCGCCUUGUCCCUGAACACGCUGCCAGAGCUGCAGGACACGGAUGAGUUUGGUCAACCCACAGACAACCCUCAGUUGGCCCACGUCGAGGCCAUCUGCAUCGCCUGGUUCACCAUGGAGUACCUGUUGCGCUUCCUCUCUUCCCCCAACAAAUGGAAGUUCUUCAAGGGGCCCCUGAACAUCAUCGACCUGCUGGCCAUCCUGCCCUACUACGUCACCAUCUUCCUGACGGAAUCCAACAAGAGCGUGCUGCAGUUCCAGAACGUCCGACGCGUGGUGCAGAUUUUCCGGAUCAUGCGCAUCCUGCGUAUUUUGAAGCUGGCUCGGCACUCCACGGGGCUUCAGUCGCUGGGCUUCACCCUCCGCAGGAGCUACAAUGAGCUGGGUCUGCUGAUCCUUUUCCUGGCCAUGGGUAUUAUGAUCUUCUCCAGCCUGGUGUUCUUUGCCGAGAAGGACGAAGAGGACACCAAGUUCAAAAGUAUCCCGGCCUCCUUCUGGUGGGCUACGAUUACAAUGACCACGGUGGGAUAUGGAGAUAUUUAUCCCAAAACGUUACUGGGAAAGAUAGUAGGGGGGUUAUGCUGCAUUGCGGGCGUGUUGGUGAUUGCCCUGCCGAUCCCCAUCAUUGUCAACAACUUCUCCGAGUUCUACAAAGAACAAAAGAGGCAGGAAAAAGCCAUCAAAAGGAGGGAGGCCCUGGAGAGGGCAAAGAGAAAUGGCAGCAUUAUCUCCAUGAACAUGAAGGACGCCUUUGGCCGCAGCGUAGAGCUCAUGGACAUCAUGGUGGAAAAAAAGGAUGACAAAGCGGGAAAGAAGGUCCAAGUGAAUCAUGUAUCUCAUAGCCCGCAGAAAGGGAAACCCCAAGUCAGGUCGGAAACGAGUCCCAGCAGCGGCAAGCACCACCUGGAAUCGUGUCACCAGGAGCAAGCCAAGCCUUCGGGAAGCCCUCAACAUCUCAGUGCUCAGACUCUGGAGGAAAUGUACGACACCAUGGCCAAGACUCAGUCGCAACCCGACCUCAACAGCAAGGAAAAGGCGCUGUCUAAAGCCCCGCGUCACCGAGCGGAAUUCGAGAUGGGAGCCGUAACGGAUGUGAGGAGCAUGUCCAGUAUCGACAGCUUCAUCAGCUGCGCCACCGACUUCCCAGAAAGCUCUCGUUUCAACAUUCUCGGCAGGGUCAGCACAAAUCCGAGCCUGGAACCCACUUUGGAGAAUGAGAAUGAAGGCAGUGCCACACCCCUGAGCGGAAGGGGCUCCAAGGAUCUCCGUUGUAGCAAUCCAAUCAAGGGCCCUUCGGUCAGGGUGACCUUCAGAGGAGGGCGGGAUUCGGGGGUUGGGGUGCUCUCCGAUGGCUCUUCAGUCCAGAGCCCGGAGGUGUCCGUCUAUACUACUGCGAGCAGCAGGACGCCCAGCAAGAGUCCGGAGAACUUACCUCCACACAUCUUCACAUUCCACGACGCUUCCAUCCACAAGUUCAUCGACGCCGACACGGACGAGGAGGAGCAUCUGCACGACGCAUCGGUCAUCAGCCCGGCGCAGAGACUCCUGGACAGAGCCAGUCCCAGAUUUGGGUAUAAGGGAGCCAACCACAUGGAGGGCUUCCAGAGGAAGCUGGGCAGUCAUCGCGCGUGGAUGCGAGAUGGACAGGAGAACCACCUGGCUGAAGUACGGCCACUUCAGGGAGACAAGAGUCAUUCAAAAACGUAAACGUGACACGAGUGAGUGCACACAGAAACAAGACAAUGGAGAAGUGCAGUGAACUCUGAUUUAAAAAAUAAUAAUAAUUAUCAAAUGACUGGCAUUUCAAACAUGUGAAGGAGUCGUCGAAAGAGAGAGCACAACGUAUCCCGUGAAAAGACUUGUGGAUGAUCGGAAUGUCGUUUAUGUUCUGCUUACUUCUACAUUCGUUCAUUUAGCUCAGAGCCACCCUCUUUGUUCGAGAAUUUAGAAGGAUUUUGUACGAAAAGCAAAACUCGACAGACGGGUAAACGAAUGGCAUCGAUAGUCACAACGUUAUAACAUUCAAGCAACAGAUAUUUGACCACAAAAGGUGAAGGAACAGACAUAUAUUCUUUAUCCUCUGCAAAAACAUUAUAACUGCAGCUUAUGGUGUUAGUUGUGAAACUUUUCUUCGUUUAUUAUCUUCGUCUGCUUAUAAAAGCUCAAAUGCAACAGUGCAUAACGUUUUCAGCCAUUAUUCCGCUAAAUUUUUCCUGAGAACGUGCUAAAAGACAAGCAAUGCCCUUUUGAACAUUUUUACUCUCAAUGUAUAAUUGAUUGGAAUGCUCUAGAUUGGGCUGGAAUUUUGGCAAAAGAUUGUUUGCUCAAAAUAUGAAUCCGUUUCAAAAUAUGGAGAAAAAAAUGCUGAUUAUUUCAUACAUAUCUCUAGCACGACCACAUCCAGUCUUUUGUCACUUUUUUUGUGUCCUCUACAAUUACAAGUUUCACAUUCAUCAAAUACAUUUGAAUCUUAUCGCAAUUUUUUAAAACAUCUUAAACAUUUGGGGAUUGAUUGUGUGUAUUAUUUUGACAUACUUAUCAUUGCACAGUGACCCAGAUUUCUACCAUCGGGGAAAUAUGACAAAUAUGAUGUUCCAGAAAUGAUUGAUUGUGGCAUUACUUUGGUUCCGAUGUAUAGUUUGCCACUGUUAGCCUCUUUCCUCAAAAACUGGCCUUAGUUGAUGUUGUCCAGAGUUUGGGACUCUCUAUAAGUUGAACAGAUGCAACGCGAAUGAGUGUGUGCAAUAAUUAUCUUUCAUAAACAAUGUACCUAUUGUUAUGUCCGCUCUCGGUCUCUCAAGUUGUGUUCCUUAGGAGUGCUUCUGUCCGUUUGUGUUUGUACUUGUUUUGCACAUUUAGAAAAAUGGCAAGGCCUCUUGACACCCCUUAUCCCCCGAAAAGACGGCACCUUAACGUGAGAAAAACUGUACGCGUUCACGCAGGGCACCACUUUUUAGCUGGAUAGUCGAUGCUGAAAUUGUUUUGUGGGGAUAUUGUAUAAUGUAUUACUUCAAAAAAAGUAGGAUAGUACAUCCAAUACAUGUUUAUUGUACAAGGAAAAGAAAAGAAUUUAUAUUUUUAAGAGAUUUUAUUAAAAAAUAAAUAAAAAAUGGACUCUUAGAUAUACUGUCCUAACCUCAUAGUUGUACAUUUCGGUGUAUGAAAUGCAUUAUUUUGGACUUGCAUUGAUCGGACAAUAGUAAACAGUAGAUACCUUUGUAAUGUUUGCUUAUGUGUCCUUGUGUAAACGACGUCUCUCCCUUUAUCCUUUGUGCAAUACGAAGAACCAAAGACAAACUACUCUCUGAUAGCUCAUUGAAGGUGACGACUUUGUCUGCAACAUCCAGUAGAAUAAAUGUACGAGUUACUUCAGGGAGCUCAUUUAUUUGCCGCGAAAUCAGUGAAAUGAAUAUAUUAGAGCAGUGGUCCCCAACCCCCGGGCCGCGGACCGGUACCGGUCUGUGGGUCAUUCGGUGUCGGCCCGCACAGAAAGGAUCAAUAACUUGCAUUACUUCCGUUUUAUUCAAUUCGGAAUCUGAACGAUGUUUUAUUUU